AUGAGCAGCAAAAUCUUCAAAAUCUUCAAUCCGGGAGCCCCAAAGGAAGACCCCGUACAAAAACGUCGAGCACAACUUCGGCGUGCUCAGAAAUCGUAUCGUGAUCGGAAGGAAAUCUAUACAAAGUCAUUGGAAAAGGAAGUCGCACAGACGAAAACUCGAGAAGCCGAACUUACUCGUCAAUGCGAGCAAUAUUGUGUUACAAUUCGACAACUCACGCAGAUGUUACGGCAUCAUGGAGUCGAUCUUUCCAACGACUUGGAGCUUGAUCCUACCUACGGACAACAUCUCUCGCAUACUCCGCUGCUCAAUCAGCUCUCUCCACCAUGGACACCAGAGGAGUCAAUCUCCCCACAGCCGGCGCAGAACGACACGGAUGUUUUACAGGCGAUAGAUGCUCAUCGAUCUCCAAUUCAAUUCUUGUCAAGCGAAGAAAGCCAAGCCAGUGCAGUCCAAGGCCCGCCCGUCUCGCACGUCAACGAAUGGCCUUCAUGGAAUAUGUCCUUUAAGGAUGUUACGAGACAACCUUCACCACUUGUGCCUCCUGCCGCUCGUUUAUGUGGGCUUGACCACACAUUGGUUGGAAUGGACUUUGUCCUGACCAUUGAGAAUCCUUGUCUCGGGCACCUUCAUGGCGAUCUAGGCAAUCCACAUAAGCCGACAGGUCACGCUUUGACAACUUCGGCACAGCUAUUCUCCAUCACAGGCACGUCAGCGGAGAUUCCCAAUCAUAUGGGUUUACCGCCCUACGAAAAAGCCCCAAAAGAGCUUCUCAAUCGUUUGUUGGAUCUAUCGUCAUCGCUAUGCCCGGAAGACGAAAUCACGCCGACUCAAGCUUGGGAAUACAUCCGUGCUCAGACGAAUUUCGGUGGUCUUGAACUGUACAAAUUCCAGGCUCUCGCUGGGAAACUACGGGAGGCAGUGAAGUGCCACGGUUUUGGAGCGGUUAUCGAUCGAGCGCUCUUCGAAAGUUUAGUGCACAAUGUGUUCAUCAAGUAA